AUGGGGCGGAAGCGUGGUCCCGGGGAAGGAGCUGGCGAGCUCGAUGCCGGCGUGGGCCUGGCACCCGCUCCAGGAGCUUUGGAUCCUGCAGCUUUCCCCUUUCCGGGCUUGCCUGCCGGCCUUCCGCCACCAACGCCUGCCGCUCCCACAGUGCCAGCAAAUCCUGCAGCCGCAGGACUCCCAACUCUGCCCCCAGGCUUGGGGCCUGGGCCGACAGUCGUCCCACCAAAAGGUCCUGGCUUUCCUCCUGCUGGGCUCCUGCCGCCGGGAUUUGCAGCCCUCGAUCCUCGAGUCCCGGGUCCGCCCGGCCUUGCCAUUCCUGGCCUCAGCGCACUGCAGCAGAUUUUGCCAGGCGUGGCCGGGGCGCCACCGCCGGGGCUGCCGCCCUGCUUCGGUGGAGCGAAGAUGCCUCCACCUGCGCCGCCUGGGCUCGGCCUAGGUGGCUUGCCCGUGCUUCCAGGCAUGGCACCUCCUCCAGCGAUGCCGCCGCCCGGCUCUCUGGACACAGAAGCGCUGGCGCAGCUUAGGUUUCAGCAAGUGGCCUCUGAGUACGAGCAAAUCAAGAGUGCUGGCAUUGACCCGCAAGUGGCCGAGCUUGCGGAGUACCAUGGUCUAGAUGAGCGGGUCACGCGCUUGCUCGAUGAGGAGAUGAAGAAGCGAAAAGACACGUUUGAGUCGGACAUGCAAGCUCUUUGGGUGGGCUUGGAAAGGGCAAAGAACCCUGCAGGAAUGUUGAUGAUGAAGCUCAAGGAUAUGAAAGCGGGUACUUUCAAAGGCAUGUCGGCGCUGGACAAGAAGAUUGAAGACUUCGCCAAGCGCAAUCGCUUGGAUGCCCAGGCGGCUGUGAGGCUGGCUGAGGUUCUGCAAAAUCGCGACGAUGUGGACGGCGACCUAGCCAAACUCCAGAAGCACCUGGAGCGAUCCAACAAACCUUCCUCCCUGGUCAUGAUGAUGCUUCGGGACCUCCGCGAAGGCAAACCUGUCAAGGAUCCGGAGUAUGCGCCGGCUAUUGGCAGCAAGGCGCGCGAAGUCACGAAGCGCAUGGUGUCGACUCGGAUGUGGGCCCGCACUGUCACCUUGCAGGUGCAUGAGAAAGAACUGCGGGACUCCAAGAAGGACCGGAGAGGGACCGAAGUCGCAGCCGGCAGAGAGGAGGCCGAGACGAAGCCAGAGGCGGCCGCCAUGACAGGGAUCGAGGCAGAGACCGUGACCGUGACCGUGGCUUGGAAGCGGGAAAGACAUGGGACCGAGACAGGGAUCGGAACGACGGACGUGAUCGCAAAGGCAAUGAGUGAUGCGAGCCGCCGGAGCCGACUGAGGAGGCUCUGGAGCGAUGCCAUUCUCAGGUCCCGCGAAGCGGCAGAGCGACAGAAGCGUUGCCGAGGGACGAAUCAGUUUUUCAUCAAGUGCCAAGCAGCCCGAAUAGCUGCGGAUCGUAUUGCUGACCAAGCGCAGGAACCCCGGACUCAAGUUGCCAUUGCCCAGGGCCACUUGGGUAAAGACAGGCUCAACUUUGCAUAUUCACUGGGCUUAUCAAGGCUUCAGUGGGCUAUUGUGUCAAGCAUGUUUAAGACUGCGGCCGCGCAAAAACCAGGGCCUUGGUGUCAAGCAUUCUUUCUGUCUGAGAAGUACGUCACCAGGAUUCUUGGACUGCUGGUUUUCUCGUUCUCCAGCUGGCGAAUUGUGAGGGCAAACAUGUUUCGCCAAUUUCUUACACCCUUCUUGGUGCCAUUGGUCCCGAGACGCAGCGCAGGAAGCCACCGCGCCAAGACCCAAAGCGCCAAAGCUGAUGGAAUUAUGAUCGUCGCAUUUGGCUUUUUUGGAUGCUUCUGGCUUGACUUGAUCGAUCAGUCGACCUCGACGAGAGCCUCGGAUUCUCUCGGCUUCGGCCCAGAUUCGAAAGGUGUCGGUGGCAUGGCAGUGCAUGGCAGGUCAACGAGCAAUUCCAUUCCCCAAGUCGUGCAAAGCUUUCGUGACUUCCUCAUUCAGAAGGCAGGAUCGCUGCAAAGCAGAAGGCUCCCAUGCGGUGACACGGGACAACAUGACGUUGGCCUGGCUCUGAAGUCGAUGGAGGAGAGCUGUUCUCUAAAGGAUGAGGCUGAGAAGGACAUCCUCGCCUCCUGGGCGAACAGCUUCUGGGACGAGCAUGCGAGCUCCUUUGCGCUGGACCCCCUGGACGGGGUUUCCUUGUUCCGGACUUCACGCGAUGCCACCGAGCUUGCACAAGAUGCGCUCGCACGAGCCAGUGCCCACUUAGGGUCACCCAGCCCCGGGCGCAGCUUGGCCGAGCAGCAAGCCUACUGUAGGUCCCUGAUGCGUUCUCGGAACGAAAGCAGGCUCACUUCGCCAGCCUCAUGCAGUGUUGCGGGAAGCGGUGCUUCAGAGAGGGACGCCAUCGACAUGCUGGAUACGGAGACCCGGCUCCGCCACCUCAAGCGCAGCUUCGCGGUUUCAGCCGACGAGGUGGCAGCACGCUUGGAGGACUUGCGGAGGCGGCCGGUCUGGGAUGCUUAUGCAGAGAUGACCCAUGAGGUCGAGGAGAGCAGCUCCUCGCGUCCUCAGUCCUCAAUGACGAAUCAGUCCUGGACGGGGGAAGUCUUGGCGAAGCCUCGGCAGAGCCGUCGGAAGCGCACCGACUCUGACACCAGCAGCCGUCAGACACAGGACCUACAUCCUUACCACGUGGAAAUGCCCAAGACCGCAGAGGAGGUGCGAUUUCUCUGCCUGGGCGCAUCCUUGAACAUGAUGCCGUACAAGCGGCUGCAGCCUCUUGCCAGGAUAGAGGAUGAUGUUUUCGACAAUGGCCCCAACGACAGCUAUGACGAGGUCUCACAGCGUGAGGAGCUUCUGCGAGCUGUCAAGCAACUGAACACAUACAGAUGGUUUUGUCGCUUGCCCCCAGUGCUGGUGGAUGAGGAUGCCACUGAGCUGUGCGAGUUCCUGAACGAGAGCAUGGUUUCCCGCAAGCCAGUCUUCGUAAAGGAGUCCCACAGUCUGACGCGGCGAGUGUCGGAUCUCGGGGAUCAGCUCGGAGGAUUCAUGGCUAAUAGCGGCCACGCGAUGAUUUUGCACAAGGCGGGUUCCCUUAUCUCUGCCAUCGAUGUUGGUAUUCUCUGCAGCCAUACGGGUGGUUGGAGCUACUCGAGUGCCCCUGCGCCCGGUGCAGCAUCCGAAGCUGCGGCCGCAGGACAGAGUGCCCAAGACGAAAUACUGUCUCGAGGGCAGCUCCAUGGUCGCUGCAACACAGCUCGCGAACGCCCGAAGCCUGGCCUUACAGCGUGGUCCCUGCAAGCUGCGACGGAAGUCCAACCAGUUUCCCUGCAGAAUUUGCCAGACUCCCUGGCAGGAUACAGGACAAUGUGGGAAAUCUUGGAUAAGCUGGGCGGCACCAAGCAGGAGGCCCGUAACGCCACGAGCAGAGCGAGCAGAGGCAAGAGCCUCCACAUGCCCGCCCGAGCUCGCUGCUGGCUUUGCAGGCUCGGCUCUGCGGCCGGGCCGACACGACCAGGUACCGGGGUCAGCAGCCUUUACUCAGGAAGGAGCACACCUUUUCAGGACCGACGCCCAGGCACCGGCAGCAGUACGCCCGGCAGACUCCGCACUGUCUCCUGGGGCUCCAACGAGACUGCCCGCCGCCGCGAGUGGAGCCGCGCUAGCAACCUGCGCUGCCCUCGAAGUGCUCGCAUGCACAACAUAAGCCAUGGUCCUGGUGCAUGGGAUGGCCUGAGCAUAGAAGCUCUUUGGCUCGCCCCCUUCCACCAGAUUGAUAUUGAGCUGCAGCGGGCCUGCAAUGAACUUGUCCCAGGAAAUGAGCCCACGCCCGAAGGGUUGCGGGAAGAGGCAAAGCGGCUUUGCAGCUUGCGAGGGAGCUGCAAGGAUGGCAAAGAGUUGGCGGAAGCCUGGUCCCUGCUUCUGUCCCGAGCGCAAGCAGAGGCUCUGGAUCGAGCAGGAAUCCCACAUCCGGCAAUCAUGAUUCCCAUCACAGACGACCAGCGCAAGUUCUGGUAUUGCUUUGCUGCAAGAGUUGAGUUCUUGCCAGAGGACGAUCUUGAAGACGACGUACUUGUGGCCAUAUCUGAGGAAUGGACUGCGGUUGCCACAAUUGGGGAAGCCCUUCGUGCAUGGCUUUCUCUGAAGGCAUCCGAAGAGGGUGCACAAGAUCCUCCGCCUCCGGGGAGAUCGAUCACUGUCUGCAUCCUCGGGCCUAGCCCAUCCUUGGAGUAUGAGAGGGGGUUGAACGACCUCCAUCACAAGCUUCAAGCGUGUCUGUUUGGCCUCGAGGGGCCUUCAAUCUCCCAGCCUUUCUUGCAUCUUGUAUUCUGCGGUCCCGACGUGCCAGGUGAAAUACAUGCACAAGACUGGAAGGACGGAAGGCUUCAUGUGGAACACUGGAAGUGCCAAUGGCAUGGCCUACAGAAGGAGAAUUUGCGGACCGUGGAUCUCAUAGUCGCGAUGAAUGCCGGGACCGGCGUCGCACCAUAUCGAAAGCUUUGGCUUCCAGCCCUGAUGGCCAUUGCAGACCUGGAAGACUGUCUGCUAUGGUUUACUGGCUAUACCCUGCCCGAAGUUGCAGAGACGCAGAAUGAUAUCAAGGAAAGUUGUCCGAAUGCGGUUGUGCUUCAUUGUGAUGCCGGACGCAGCUCGACACUGGCCGGAGCUGACCGCGUCGAGCUAGGUGUGACCCCCUGCUCCUAUCCGGGAAGGGCAAACUAUUCUGUGUAUGCAGCUUGGCUACCAGGACAGUGCAGCAUCUCCAGCAUACACUUGGAAGGAGGCCUUUCACCCCGACGCAAUUCUGCCGCAGUUCCCGCGAGCCAGCAGUUCACAGCGGCAGCACGACCCGUUUCUGUACUCAUCGGCCAGCACGACCAGACAAACACAGUGACUCUGCGGCGACAGCUUCUCAGUCCACGGCUGCAGAUCUUUGGCGCCUCUCGUUUGCGAGAGACAUGCGUCAUCUGGACCACCUCUGGCACAGGAGAAACUGCGGAAGAUGAGGAGGAGUGGGCCAAACGUGAUGAGACAGACUUCGUCGUCUUCCCACCGUAUGGAGUGUGUCCCUUAGAGCUCCUGGGCGGACACGCGCUCCCCACUUGGACCAUCAUGCCAAACAGUCAUCGCUUCCAACCAACGCAUGCCUUGCAGGCGCCAGCCAAGCGAACUGCUGAGGACACAGGCCGCCUGCGAAGCAUCGCCUGGGGUCAGCUGAGCCAUUCGCCGGAUUCCAUGAAGUAUUGGAUCCGGCGGCAGCGAGGGGUUUUCGCACGGCCGCACCAAGUCGGCAAGCAAAUCGCUGGGAGCCCGGGAAAUCCAAGUUGGUUUGCAGACAAGUCUCAUGCCAUGUUUGAGCACGGAAACUUGGACGCGUUCAACUGCUGGAAGUUGGUGAACGCUCCCUUUUUGUUUGAUGCUCCUCCGUCUUCGCACUGCCAGCAGCAUUGGUACAUGUGUCUGACAAUGUAUAACUGCAUGGAUGCAUCGCUCGUGCGAUUUCCCAUCCCCGUUUCUGUGGUCGUGAUGGCAAUCGUGGCGGAGCUACACCUGAGCUCCGUGACCUGCGAUUGUCCGCAGCUCAUCCGUAUCUGCGAGGGAGAUCAGUUCGAGGUGGAGGUGAGUGGUUUGCUUGGGAGCUCGGAGAGGCAGUAUUUCUUUCAUGACUUCAAAUCUGGCAUCGACUUGGAGUGGAAGGACCAGCGGUUCCUCGAAGCCGUGAACAGCUUCUGUAGUAUGACCGGGGGCGACACCAGCAACUACGCCGAGCCGUCAAUGAAGAUCACACUGCCGAGAAGCAUCACCAAGUCGCUCGCCAAGAGCCUUAGCGGAAGGUUUACCUCCCCAACUUCAUCAUUGCUGCCCGAGGACAGAAGACGAAACACAACGACGACCUGGCAUGACCUUCCGGCAAUGGGGCUCGUAUCGCACACCUCCAAGGAGAUCAGAACUGAUGAGUCGGAGCUGGAGAUCUUCUUGCACUGUGCGGGAGUGGUGUGCUUCGAAGCGCGCCUGCAUAUGCAGAGAUCAGAUGGCAAUGCCUUGGUGCAGCGCGCAACAAGAGUAUUCCAAAUGAAAGACUUCUUUCUUGUGCGCCUGAAGCUUCCAUGUGCAGUCUCAAAAUACGAGCUCUCCUUCCACAUGGCCACGGCACCAAGUGCGAAAGAGUUGGCGGAGCACCCCUUCAAGUACACCAUCAAAACGUCGGAGUCGGCACCGUGUCCUCUUAGCUCCUUGGAACAUGCUGCAUACUACCGCUUUGGGCUCAGCCCCAUGCCAGCCGUGACUCAACGCUUUGGCAUAACCAUCUGCUCGCCCAUCGACUAUGCAGUACUGCCUGUCAGUGUGUAUUUCCUGGUUCAUCUGCAUCCAGAUUGCGUACACUCUGAGGCUGUGCGGGAGCCCACUGGCGAGACGCCCUCCUCGCUGCUGUUUCGGCGCCUGCGUGCUGACGACGAAGCCGCUGAUCAGGAGGCACUGCUCAGCGAGACUAUUCAAAACUCAGAUCCCUUUUUUGCGGACGGCGCGCUGGAUCGGUCUGCGUGCCUGACGCAGCUGGUGCAGAGGAGAAACUUCCAGGAUACGCAGCGCAUGCUACUGCACAGACCAUCGGCCGUCGCUAUGGACCCGACGGUCAACGUGCUGCGGAGGCUGCACCACGGUUUGGAGUGGCAUCUCGGUGAGAGAACACAGGAUGUUCCUGGGGCCAUGCGGUUCGAUGUCGUCGUCAGCGAGGGCAAGACCCAGCAGCAGCGGUUCGCUUACUCCCUUCAGCCGAACCUCGGCUUCCCGGAGUUCUUCGAUGGCGUAUUGCAUCUGAACGAGAAUGACGUCGGCUCUCGCAUUGAGCUUUUCUUCAGCAUGACAGUGGCAGAGGAACCGGACAAGGCACCCAUGAAGAUUGGCGAGUGGAAGGUCGCUCGAUCUCAUGACGCUCUUCAAUAG